GCGCGUUUUCUGUAUUUACCGCGGCAGAGUUUGCAGCGACCUCCGUUGCGGUAUUUUGUUCCUCGGAGGCAUGCCCUCGGAAUCGGAAAAAGGAGGUGAUCAAUAUGCAGUUGUCAAGUUUCCAGAGGAAGGCAACUCUGUGGCUCUUGUACAUACCAAGUGGCUGCAUGGCGAUGUCUGCUUGUGGCCACAGGAUUCCAAGAAUGUUUCGUAUUUAGCAAAAUGUGGAGCCUCUCCAUCCUCCAACUGGCAAGUCGUGCCAUGUGUGCCCAUAGACACAUUCAGAACAUAUGAUGCAGCGCGACAAAAGCUUAAGCAAGCUGAAGAUGGGUCAGACUUGGGGAGUGAAGUGGACCUGGGACGGGGCAAAAGAAAAAAGCAACGAAGAGCCCUUAGCUCAAGUCCGGAAAGUGUGCAGCGACUACCACUUCCACCGCCCUCUAUGAUGAAAAAAGCACAGAAGAGGGAUGGGAGACGUGUUCACAAGCAGUCACCACAUGCAUCAACAUCUAGGGCUAAUGAUCCCAACAUUUGCAUCGGUGUGUUUCCUCUCCUUAUUUUAGGUGAUCAAGGCGCAGUGCCAUGUGCACAAAUGUGUGCUAGCGAGACUUCAGAAUCUGAGGGUGAGGUUGAGUCUGGAGGGGAACAAGAUGCAAAGCAAGAAUCAUCGGGCAUUAAAAGAUCGUUCACAGCUCACUCUUUGAUGAAAAAAGCAAGCCAAAUGGGAAAUACACAGUGCAACAAUGAGAAGUGGCAUUCAAGUCAGUCUGUUGCACCUAUUUCAGAUGAUGGCAUUAAGCAGGUCAUCAGGCUUCUACAAACGGUAAUCUUGAGAGUCGAGCACCUGGGAAGCCAACUGGAUGUAAUAAAAGCAAAGCUUUGUGACCAACAACUGCAGCCUGAAGCAGAUUUGUUAGAAAAACCAUUUUGUGACAUCACGGAGUUCGAACUGUUUGAUCAAGGCCUCUCGGAAAGUGCUGCAAUGAAGUCAAAGUUGGUACGGGAACUCGCUGCCUUAGGAGGAAGAAAUGUUAGUUUGUCUACGCGUCGCAUUCUUGAAGCCCUGAUGACCCAGGAAGUGGCUGUUCAAUAUAGUUGGCUCGGACAAAAAGGAAAGAAGUUCUUGUCGUUGACAACCUGCGACUUGAUAUAUAAAAGUGUUAAGUGCACAUUUGAAACUGUGAAAAGAAGUGAAGUUGAGGACGUUGUAAAAACGUGGCUCAGACACGCUGGGGAGAAGCUUAGAAAGAAUAACAAACAGUCUGAAAAAGUCACGGAGCUGCUGGAGUGACAACGCAGGCCUCACUGAAGUGCAGCAUGUUUCAACCACAGCACGGAGGACUUUUUUUUCCACAUCUUGCUGUUUUAAUGUUAAUUUCCUCAUUAUAAUACUCAUUUUUACUUUUCCGUUCUUUAAUAUUUAAGGAUUGUAUUUUAUUUCCUCAUUUUCUAGUCAUUUUUAGUCAGUUACAGUUUAUUACUCAUUAUUGCAUUGCUGUAGCAGGCAGACAAUUUUCUUGCGCAUUAAGAGUGAUGCCUUAUGUAUUCAUGUUUUUUAUAAUAAAUAUUAUAUUUAAACUUU